AUGGCUUUUAGAAUCUCAUCUGGUGACUUCCAACUAGAUGAUUAUCAUAAUUAAGGUGAUGGAUUAGUAAUAUUCACCUGGAUUAUCUGGUUAAUUGCAGUCAUGACUUUGAAUAUUGUAUUCAUGAAUUUUAUAAUUGCUGUGAUCUCAGAAUCGUAUGAAAGAGUCAUGCAGAAAUUGGUGGCUGAAUCAUACAGAGUUAAAGCACACAUGAUAGUUGAGAGAGAGCAGCUCUUUAAUAUUAAUGAAUUGAAAAGAAGUGAUUAUUUCCCUAAAUAUAUUGUUGUGAGAAGAGCUUUAAAUACAGAGGUAAAUGAAGGUGGGGAAUGGUAAGGAUUCAUUAAAGAUCUUAAAUAUACCAUAAGAACAACAGUCGUGAAGUCCAGAUAAGAAAUUAUUUAAAAUCUUCACUCAAUUUAAACUUAGAAUAUUCAGAAGCUAGAUGAAGUAUAAAAACAGAAUUCGAAGAAUCUUACCAAUGAAGCUCUUGAUGAAAAAAUUUCCAUUUUGUAUUCGAAACUUGAUAAUGCUGAGGAGAAUAGUAAAAAUGAGUUUAGCCUAUUAAAAGGAGAAGUUAAUGGGCUUGAUCAUAAAGUUCUUAAAAUUUAAGAUGAUAUGGAGUUCAUUAAAACUUCCUUGACAAAAAUUCUUCAAAAAUAUAAUCAGUGA